AUGGUCGAGCGUUGUUGUGUGGCGGUGGUGCGGGUGCUGGUGCUGCAGGCGGCCUGGGCGCUGUCGGGCGGGCAGGUGCGCUACUCGGUGCCGGAGGAAGCCAAGGCCGGCACGGUGGUGGGCCGUCUGGCGCAGGACCUGGGCCUGGAGGCGGGCGAGGCGGAGGCGCGGCGGCUGCGGCUGGUGGCGCCGGGCCGGCGGGCGAGCGUGGAGGUGAGCGGGGCGAGCGGCGCGCUGCUGGUGAGCUCGCGGCUGGACCGGGAGGAGCUGUGCGGCAAGAGCGCGCCGUGCGCGCUGCGCCUGGAGGUGCUGCUGGAGCGGCCGCUGCGCGUCUUCCAUGUGCAGCUGGAGGUCACCGACAUCAACGACAAUGCCCCCGUCUUCCCCGCCGCCCGGAAAAACCUCAGCAUCGCGGAAUCGUCUCUGCUGGGGUCUCGUUUCCCGCUGGAGGGCGCGUCGGAUGCGGAUAUCGGAGUAAAUGCGCAGCUCACCUACACACUCAGCCCUAGCGAGCAUUUCUCUCUGGAUUUGCACCGGAGCGAGGAAUAUCGAGAAUCCCUGUUUCUGGUACUCACGAAAUCUCUGGACCGCGAGACGAUUCCAGCGCACCGGCUGGUGCUGACAGCGACUGACGGGGGCCGGCCAUCUCUGACGGGGACAAUGGAGCUGGUAAUCUCGGUGGAGGAUGCAAACGACAAUGCGCCUCAAUUCAACCAGUCUGUGUAUAAAGUGCAUCUUCCAGAGAGUGCUGCGGUGGGCACGAUGGUGGCAAGAGUGUAUGCCACCGAUCCUGAUUUGGCAAGUAACGGAGAAGUGACAUUUAGUGUGAGCAAUAUUUUUCCUGAAAAGGGGAUGAACACUUUCCUUUUAAAUGCGAGGACGGGUGAAAUUAAUCUGGUGGGCACCGUGGACUAUGAAGAGGUUCGUUUAUAUGAGAUCCAAAUCGAAGCGAGGGAUAAGGGGACACCCUCUCUGUCGGGUCACUGCAAGCUGGUGCUGGAGGUUCUGGACGUGAACGACAACGCUCCGGAGGUGUGGGUAACGUCGCUGUCGGUGCCGGUGCCGGAGGACGCGUCAUUGGGGACGGUGGUGGCCCUGCUGAGCGUGUCGGACCGGGACUCGGGCGAGAACGGUCGCGUGCGGUGCUGGGUGUGGCCGGCGUCACCGUUCGGUCUGGAGGCGACGUUCGCGGGCUCGUACUCGCUGGUGCUGCGCGAGGCGCUGGACCGGGAGCGGGUGUCGGAGUACGAGGUGGAGGUGCGUGCGGAGGACGGCGGGGCGCCGGCGCUGCGCGCCAGCCGCGGGCUGCGGGUGCCGGUGUCGGACGUGAACGACAACGCGCCCUUGUUCGCGCAGGCCGUGUACACGGUGCUGGCGCGGGAGAACAACGCGGCGGGCGCGGAGCUGGCGCGGCUGUGGGCGCGGGACCCGGACGAGGCGGCCAACGGGCGCGUCAGCUACUCGGUGUGGGACGGCGGCGUGGGCGUGGGCGGCGGCGGGGCCGCGGGGUCGUCGUCGUCGGGCGUUGGGUGGCGUCCGGCGUCGAGCUACGUGUCGGUGGACACGGAGAGCGGGCGUCUGUGGGCGCUGCAGCCCUUGGACUACGAGGAGCUGCAGGUGCUGCAGUUCGAGGUGCGCGCGGUGGACGCGGGGGAGCCGCCGCUGAGCGGCAACGCCACGGUGCAGCUGUUCGUGCUGGACGAGAACGACAACGCGCCGGCGCUGCUGCCGGCCGCGGGCUCGGCAGCGGAGGCGGGCGGCGCGGCGGCGGCGGAGGCGGCUUUGGCGCUGGCGGGGGCGGGCUCGGAGUCGGGCACGCUGUGGGCGUGGGCGGCGUGGGGGGCGCCGGCGGGGCAGGUGGUGGCCAAGAUCCGCGCCGUGGACGCCGACUCGGGCUACAACGCGUGGCUGCGCUACGAGCUGUGGGAGCCGCGGGGCAAGGGCCCGUUCCGCGUGGGGCUCUACAGCGGCGAGGUGAGCACGGCGCGGGCGCUGGACGAGGCGGACGGGCCUCGCCAGAGGCUGCUGAUCGUCGUGCGCGACCACGGCGAGCCGGCGCGCUCGGCCACGGCCACGCUCAGCGUGUCGCUGCUCGAGGCCGCCGAGGCGGCGCUGGCCGCGGGAUCCUCGUCGUCGUCGUCGUUGUCGGCGGUGUCGCGCUCGGCGGCGGGCGUGGAGCUCGGGGCCGGGGCGGCGAGCGCGGCCACCAACGUGUGGCUGGUGGUGGCCAUCUGCGCCGUGUCCAGCCUCUUCCUGCUGGCCGUGGUGCUGUACGGGGCGUCGCGCUGGGCGCCGCGGGCGGCCGUGCUCUCGGCGCCCGGGCCCACCACGCUCGUGUGCGCCAGCGAAGUGGGCAGCUGGUCCUACUCGCAGCGCCACAGCCGCAGCCUGUGCGUGGCGGACGGCGCUGCCAAGAGCGACCUCAUGGUUUUCAGCCCCAACUUCCCUCCGCCGCCGCCCGCUCCUGCAGCCAAGGAGACGCAGCCGGAGCCCUCCGCUCUCCUCGACACGGUCAGUGCCACUGCCUUUCUCUCGUCUCCCACCCGUACCAAACCCUUCUGUCCCUCCAAGUGUGCAGGUUUUGCCGGAAUCCGGGCUCCGUUCCCACGGCCUGAGAGCGAUGAGUGCUUGACGGUUUCUUCACGGGUGCUUAAGGAUAGCAAUGGCACAUUUGCAUCUGCCCUUUGGGGGAAUAUAGAAUUAUCGCCGCAGCCUGGUGCAGUUAUGGUCAUCAGCUGCAGUUUGCUGCUCUGUGUGUCAAUUGUUCUGUCCUAG